AGAGAGAGAGAGCGAGAACAAGAGAAAGAGAGAGAGAGACUGGACUAAACAGCUACCAGAACUCUUAAACAUGGUUAGAGUUGUGUUCAUAGCUACUAGGAGGGACUGGGAGAGAGCCUGAGUAUCUGGGACUAGACUGGUAGUGACUGGUAGAGAGUCUGAGUAUCUGGGACUAGACUAGUAGUGACUGGUAGAGAGUCUGAGUAUCUGAGACUAUACUGGUAGUGACUGGUAGAGAGUCUGAGUAUCUGGGACUAGACUGGUAGUGACUGGUAGAGAGUCUGAGUAUCUGGGACUAGACUAGUAGUGACUGGUAGAGAGUCUGAGUAUCUGAGACUAUACUGGUAGUGACUGGUAGAGAGUCUGAGUAUCUGGGACUAGACUGGUAGUGACUGGUAGAGGACUGGAGUGAGUAGAGAACAGUAUCAUUUUUACAACAUAGGAGGGAAGCCAGAGAGCAGAAUGAGGAAUCUCAUGUCUGUCAACAUCAGCCUCCUCUGUGCUGUGAGCUGUGUGAUGUCAGGAGUGAUCACAAAGAGAUGGAAAGAAGGAGGAAAUUCUAGCAUUCAGUGUCCUUAUGACCGGGGGUUUGAGACAUACCAGAAGUACCUCUCUAAAGGGAUCUGGGCCUACCGGGUUUAUUUAAUCAAAACCCAAACGCAUCAGAACCCAGUGUGGACUCAUAAAGGGAGAUUUUCUCUGUAUGACGACACAGAGAGAAGAUUCUUCACUGUGACCAUCACUAACCUGAUCCUAGAGGAUUCAGGGACCUACUGGUGUGAAAUAAACACAUGGUGGUGGUAUAACAAGACUGAAGUCAGGAUCACUGUGGACAGAGCUCUUUCUCCUCCCAACCCUGGCUCUGUCACCUCCAGACCUCUACUCUCCACGACACACCCAUCAACAAACAUCACCAUGACAACUGACUCCUCUAACUCCACAGCAGAUAGGACCAACGGAACAGUAAGAACAUCAGCAUCACCACCCACAAACAUGAGUAGAACACAAGGUGAUGUGAUGUUCUCUGGUGUUGGUCUGGGUGUUGUUCUACUACUGCUGGGUCUGCUGCUGUUCAUGUUCUUUAGACAGAGGAGAGACAGAGACAGGAGACUAACAGCAGUCAAACACUCUGCCAGACUGUUGAUGUCUGACUCCAUGACAACCAACCAAGAUCCAGUCACAGGAACCAUCGCUAACCCCAUCUAUGCCACAGUAACCAAUCAGAACCCAGAUAAAGCGUGUGACAUCACAACCAUCUAUGCCACGGCAACCAAUCCUCGUCGAGAUGACAUCUACUCUAAUGUUGGUCCGUCUACACAGGUUCCAGAGAGUGUGACCAAUGCUACUGUCAAAUUCCCCAGAGAUCCAGCCUGUCUCCACUAUGAUACUGUCAACUUCCCCAGAGAUCCAGCCUGUCUCCACUAUGAUACUGUUUCCUUCAGUAAAGACUCUGAUGCUUGUAACCACCCAGACACUGACCCAACAGCUGUAGACACCUCAUAAUGUACUGCACCAUUAAACACUCUGCUACAUAGUCUACUACUGUAGACACCUCAUAAUGUACUGCACCAUUAAACACUCUGCUACAUAGUCUACUACUGUAGACACCUCAUGAUGUACUGCACCAUUAAACACUCUGCUACAUAGUCUACUACUGUAGACACCUCAUGAUGUACUGCACCGUUAAACACUGCUACAUAGUCUACUACUGUAGACACCUCAUCAUGUACUGCACCAUUAAACACUCUGCUACAUAGUCUACUACUGUCGCUGAUCUGUAUGUCACAGCAUGAAUUAAUUUUUUUGUGUUUUCAUUCAUUCAUGUUUCCUGUUGUCAUUGAUUCAUUCAUUAGUGUUUUUAGUUCAUUAAUUUAUUUGAUUGUUAAAAUGUGUAAAUUCUUUCAUUCAUCAUUCGUUAGUUCAUCUGUUCGUUCAUUCCUUAUUUUGUUCAUUUGUCAGUUGUUACGUCUGUACGUCCGUCCGUUCGUAAUUUUUUUCUACUGUGAAUGUAAAACUGGCUUGAACAAAAAGACACAGUUUGUAGUUUUUAGAAACCUUUGAUUAUUCAUUGUAUUUUACUCCACUUGAUGGGAAAUGAGACUAUAUGUAUUUAUCAAUAAAGCAGCAAU